GAUCCACUUUUUAUAGCUGCCAUUGUCGUUAAAGGGAAGCAUUUGUUAUUUACCAAAUUGCCCUUCUCCUGUAACAGUAGUUGAUAAUUCCUUGUUCCCUCCCUCACAUCGCAGAUCUUCAGAACUUCAGAGCGCUGGCAAAAACUUCACUCUUCUCUUUUCAGACAUGGCUUCUCAAGGUUUGUGUCCUUCAAUAAAAAAUAUUCUUCUUUUAGACUCUGAAGGGAAGCGUGUGGCAGUCAAGUAUUAUUCAGAUGACUGGCCAACAAACAAUGCAAAGUUAGCUUUUGAGAAGUUUGUAUUUAGUAAGACUGUUAAGACUAAUGCUCGGACAGAAGCCGAGGUAACACUACUUGACAACAAUGUCAUCAUUUACAAAUUUGUACAAGACCUGCAUUUCUUUGUCACCGGUGGUGAUGAUGAAAAUGAGCUCAUUUUAGCAUCAGUUCUUCAAGGUUUCUUUGAUGCAGUCACCCUUCUGUUGAGGAACAACGUUGACAAAAGAGAGGCACUUGAGAACUUGGAUCUCAUUCUCUUAUGUCUUGAUGAAAUAGUUGAUGGAGGGAUGAUACUUGAAACAAAUGGACCUCUUAUUGCUGAAAAAGUGACCUCUCAUAGCUUUGAUGCUGAUGCCCCCUUAUCGGAGCAGACACUAACUCAAGCUUGGGCUACAGCCAGAGAACAUUUGACAAGAACCCUUUUAAAAUGAUGCUUUCAUACACAGAAAAUUAGCUACUCAUAUUUGAGUAUAUAUUUUGUCUGUUAAUGAGAGUUGUUUAAUCCCCUACUUUGUGAGUUAUUGAGUCAUGAGCACCAUACCAUUUUGCUGACAAUUUUUCCUCCUGUAUCUCAGUUAUUAUUUGUGAAAUUCAGGGAAGAAGUUAUUAAUCCAAAAUAAACAAGCAUGGGGGAAAAAACAAAGCAAGCUCUAUAAUGUAAUAUUCGUGUCACGGUUAAGAUUUGGUUUCCAGGAUUAACUGAUCAAGUUUGUAUAACCCAUUACCCCUUAAAUGGCUAUAUGUCUUCCAGGAUAUUUGU